AUGCACCGAUGUAAUAGGUGUCAAACCCUUAUUUCCCAAACAGUAGAAAAAUUACAACUCCAUCGUUAUUCUUCCACCACUCCAUCGCGCCGCGCCUCCUCAACCUCGCUUCAGAUUCCGAUUCUGCAUGCCCGCCCGAUUCCGAUUGCCAACCGUCUUCAUCACCAUCACCGCGACUUUUCGGCCGAUUCCGAUUGCCCCUUUUCGGUAAUAUUCUUUGACCGCCGUUUCGGCCGCCGUUUUCGGUCUUCCUCUUCGACCGCCGUUUCUUCUGGAGUCCUUCUUGGAAGGGAGCUUGUAAAUUCUCCACCUAAUGUUCUCACACCAGGAGUAUUGGCAGAAGAAGCAUCUACGAUUGCUUCAACAUAUAGUGAUGUUUUUACUGCCAAAAUAUUGGAUACUGAACAGUUUGGAAAAGGUAUGACUUUUUAUAGUGGUGGCUACAACAUAAAGACCGGACCUGGCUGUAUGAUUGAGCUCAUGAAAUUUGAUAUGGGUGGAUCUGCUGCAGUUCUUGGAGCAGCAAAAGCUCUUGGACAAAUCAAACCUCUUGGAGUGGAGGUAUAUUAUUUAAAUCACCCUUUAUACUUUUUCCUUUUCAAAACAAAACCCAAACCCAAGAGGUUUGAUUUGUCCGAGAAUUGGAUGCAGGUAUUUGAUGACCCAACAAAAUUAACACAAGAUGAUUUGUAUGAUUUGCGACUUCGUUGGGCAAAAUGUUUCUUUGAGUUACAUGAAAAUUAA